UUGCCCUCGGCGCGUGCGUGAUAAAGGAUCAGUGCGCGGGCCCGGCGGCAGUGCUCGACUGGAGUUGAGAGGCGCGUGUUUGUGUGUUUUUGUGUAGUUUUGUGUAGUUUUGUGUAGUUUUGUGUUGCGGCGCGUGUUGGUCAUCAGCACAGAAGCGGCUUAAAUGUAGGAGCAGCGCAAGAUGGCGGAUCUCUCUCUGCUGCAGGACUCACAGGAGGACACGGACGGAUUCGGUGUGGAUGGAUUCAGCUCAGAGUCUGACGCCAUUAUUGUACCUUCAGUGCUGGAUUUCGUGUCUCAGGAUGAGAUGUUGACUCCUCUGGGCCGACUCGACAAGUACAUCAGCAGCGAGAACGUCUUUAACAGGCAGAUGGUGGCCCGCAGUCUUCUCGACACGCUCCGGGCCGUCAGCGAGGAUGAGCGCGAGUGUGUGUCUGUGCUGGAGCGGAUCGACAAACUCGCAGACGACUCCGAGCCGACGGUUCGAGCGGAGCUCAUGGAACAAAUCCCACACAUCGCCAUCUUCUGUCAGGAGAACAGACCUUCCAUUCCAUUCGCUUUCUCCAAGUACCUCCUACCCAUCGUGGUCCGAUACCUGGCCGACCAGAACAACCUGGUACGAAAGACGAGUCAGGCGGCGCUGCUGGUUCUGCUGGAGCAGGAGCUGAUCGAGCGAGGAGACGUGGAGAGCCUGGUGUGUCCCGUGCUGGUGGACCUCACCGCUCCCGACAGCAACGACGACGUCAAAACCGAAGCCAUGGCGAUUAUUUGUAAAAUGGCGCCGAUGGUGGGGAAGGACAUCACCGAACGGCUCUUCCUGCCGCGCUUCUGCGAGAUGUGCUGCGACUGCAGGAUGUUUCACGUGCGCAAGGUGUGUGCGGCGAACUUCGGUGACAUCUGCAGUGUGGUUGGUGGAGAGGCGACAGAGGAGCUGCUGCUGCCGCGGUUUUUCCAGCUGUGUUCGGAUAACGUGUGGGGCGUACGGAAGGCCUGCGCCGAGUGUUUCAUGACCGUCUCCUCGGCCACGUCUCCAGAAGUGCGGCGGACCAAACUCUCGUCUCUGUUCAUCAGUCUGAUCAGCGACCCGUCACGCUGGGUGCGUCAGGCCGCGUUUCAGUCCCUCGGUCAGUUCAUCUCGACGUUCGCGAGCCCCAGCAGUAAUGUGGGUCAGUACUUUAGAGACGAGGGCGAGUGGAGCGGAUCACAAACACACAGCACAAACGCAGACGCCGCAUCGGAGACGCCCGCCGUCUGUCCGCAGCAGGAGCACGACUCUCAUGAUCCCUCCGGCUGUGAGGAGCAGGACGCCGCCGACGUGGCGGAGGAGGGCGGAGGAGAGCAGACGGCCGAGGUCCUGAGUGCAGACGAGCCCUGCUGCGGCACCGCAGACUCACAGAAGUGCCUUCCUGAGGAGACGCAGCCUUCGUCCGAACCCGACGAGGAGCAGGAGCCUCCGGCGGCGGCGCAGGACAUCCCGGAACAGGAGCUCUUCAACUCCUUCCACUACUGGAGGACGCCCAUCCCGCAGAUCGACCUGGACCGGGAGCUGCUGGAGGACAAGCGGCCGUCGGCUCCGGCGCUGGGCAGGAAACAGCUGGAGGAGCUCAUCGAGAACCUGGAGCCGCACAUCGACGACCCCGACGUCAAAGCACAAGUGGACGUCCUGACGGCCGCUCUGAGAGCCACGGUGCUGGACUCUGGACUGGAAGACGCUUUCCUGGAGCCUCGAGCCGCUCAGUCAAAUCCCUUCAGCUCCCAGCAGCCCUCAGAACACCUGUCUGCCAACACACAGAGGCGUGAUUUGUCUCUACACGUGACGCGGGACGACGAUGAUUCUGACGUGAGCGACAGCAGCCUGAACGCUGAAGAUGAGCGGAGAUCCAAACACCAGGAUGUGGUUCCCCAGGCGCUGCUGGACCAGUAUCUGUCGAUGACGGACCCGUCUCGCGCUCAGACGGUGGAUAUGGAGAUCGCUAAGCACUGCGCGUACAGUCUGCCCGGUGUGGCGCUGACGCUGGGUCGCCAGAACUGGCACUGCCUGCGCGACACGUACGAGACGCUGGCCUCCGACAUGCAGUGGAAGGUGCGGCGGACGCUGGCGUUCUCCAUCCAUGAACUGGCUCUGAUUCUGGGCGAUCAGCUGACGGCCGCCCAUCUGGUGCCCAUCUUCAACAGCUUCCUCAAGGACCUGGACGAGGUUCGCAUCGGCGUCCUCAAGCACCUCUACGAUUUCCUCAAGCUGCUGCAUCAGGACACUCGGAGGAAGUAUCUGUACCAGCUGCAGGAGUUUCUGGUGACUGAUAACAGUCGUAACUGGAGGUUUCGCUCAGAGCUGGCCGAGCAGCUGGUGCUGUUGUUGGAGUUGUACAGCGCUCAGGACGUCCAUGAUUAUCUCAGACCGCUGGCCCUCUGUCUCUGUACUGACCGUGUGUCGUCCGUACGCUGGACGUCCUACAGACUGGUGAGCGAGAUCAUCAGGAAGUUGUCGUCGUGUUCGUCUCUACUAGUGAGUUUUCUGAGUGAACUGGUGGAUAAGUUCUGUCACUCUCCGAAGUGGUCCGGGCGUCAGGCGUUCGCCUUCGUCUGUCAGUUGUCCAUAGAGGAGGAGUGUCUGUCUCUGGAUCAGUUCUCGGAGCAUCUUCUUCCUCCUCUUCUUCAGCUGGCGUCUGAUCCGGUUCCUAAUGUCCGUGUGCUGCUGGCCAAAACCCUGCGGCAGACGCUGCUAGAGCGAGAGUAUUUCCUGAACUCGUCGAACUGUCAGCAGGAGGCGCUGGAGCACACGCUGGUGGCCCUGCAGACGGACGUGGAUAAGGACGUCAAAUACUUCGCCAGCAUUCACCCCGGCUGCACGCGUCUGAACGAGGACGCCAUGAGCACCACGUCCUCCACGUACUGAAGUGCUGGCCAGCUUUCCCAGAAUGCACCUCUCCACGGGGCCGGGGCUAUCGGUGGGGUUCGGUGCGUUCGCUCCUGUUUUAUUUUGCCACAGAAGCCUUAAACGCGUCUUCCUUCUUCAGAGAAUACUUGAACGGCUGCGGACUCACUCUGGACUAGCGUUAGCGUUAGCGUCUGUCUGAUCUCAAGGGCUGAGCGUCGCUCUUUUAGUCGCGGCGCAGCACAUUGUUGCGCCGACGGACGCGGCGUCUCGUCCGCUCACACGAGUGUUUUUAACGGAUUUCACGAGCGGUCCACUGAACAUUCGAUCUCAGAUCUCUCUCUUUCUCUCUCUCGAGUGUUUUAAUGAUCUUCUGUACAUACUCCUGUGUUUUUGAUCAUGAAUAGCGCUGAUGUUAUUCUCUUAACCUGACCCAAUAAACUUUCACACAAAAUCA